CGUAAGGAAAGUAAUCUCGAAAGAAUAAUUGUAUGGAACAAGAUUUUGCCGCCAUCGGGGAGGUAGAUAAGCCGUUGAACCCGCCAAACAUCGUCGUCAACAGCUUAAAAGCAGUUUGUACCAUCAGCGUGUUCUUAACCACUCUUGUAUUCACUGUGCUUCCUAACAAUCAGGCGAUUUUAUACGACAUAUAAUUAAUAUAAUUGUCAUUGACGAUUCGUUUUGUGACCAAAAUCUAAGGGGUCGUUGAUUGUGAUACAAAUAUAUUAUUUAAUAUAUAAAAAUUAAGAAGGUGUUGGUUUUUAUAGUAGUUUAUUGCUGAAGAACGUGAAAUGGCUAAAGUACAAUUGGCAAACGUUGCUGUGCUUGAUAAUCCAUCACCGUUUCUUAAUCCCUUUCAGUUUGAAGUCACAUUUGAGUGCAUCGAAGAACUGCAAGAAGAUCUUGAAUGGAAGAUGAUUUACGUUGGUAGUGCUGAGUCUGAAGAAUUUGAUCAAGUACUUGACACUAUUUAUGUUGGACCCAUUCCUGAGGGCAGACACAUGUUUGUUUUCCAAGCUGACCCGCCAGACGUAAGCAGAAUUCCCGUAAAUGAUGCCUUGGGAGUGACUGUUGUUCUUCUUACCUGCUCAUACAGAGGUCACGAGUUUGUCCGGGUCGGUUAUUUUAUAAAUAAUGAGUACACAGAUUCCGAGCUUCGUGAAAAUCCACCAGCGCAGCCACAGUUUGAGAAAGUACAACGCAAUAUCCUGGGUGACAAGCCAAGAGUCACGAGAUUUAAAAUAAACUGGGAUGAUGGAACACCAACAGGACCAGCUAAUGAAGAUAAUGGAGACGAAGAUAAUGGAGACAAUGAAGGUAUUGGAGAUAAUGAAAACAGACUUAAUGGCUCGAUGGAUCCAAUGGAUGCAAGUCAUGACAUGGAGGACAGUUCACAGGAGGAACCUCCAACGUCUUUAGGCUUCAAGGAAACCUCUCAAAAUAGUAUGGAAGUAAUGUGAAAGUAUCUUUGUAAAUUAUCACUAAUAAUAACUAUCGUUAGGUUUGAAUGAAAGUAAAAAUGAUGCUAUCAGAAUUUUAAUACUGAUUUAUCAUUAUUAAUUUGAUUUAACAUUUUUUGUGUGUAAAUUUCGUACGCGUUAUCGUGACUUUUUUUCUAUUUUUAACGAUUGAGAUAGAUAACAGUCUAAUUCAAGUUUCAAAUAUUUAAAACAAUUAAUAUUUAUUUUCUGUACACUCAUAAACAAUAUAUAAGUAUUAAAAAAUUUAUUCCUUUGGUUUAUAUUUAAAUUAAAUAAUUAUUUUAUGCUGAUUUAAAUUUAUAUAUUAAAUACUACUCAAUUAUUUUUACUAUAUUUCUUUGAUAAAUAAUAAUAAUUACAAUAAUAGUAAAAUAGUAAAUAACUAUAAGAUUAAUAAGUAGGUAAAUAAUAUUUGAAAUCGUAGUAAUUUGUAAUUACGUGCAAAUCGUUGGUUUAUCUGUACAACAUGUAAAUACAUCCAAGUUUGUGAAAGAAGAAAAAUAUAUUAAAUUUUCUACAAUAA